AGCGGCCCCCGCGCGGCGCUGCGGGAGGGUGCCGGGGCCGCGGGGGCCGCCUGUCGCCGCCGCGGGGCAGCACGAGAUUCACUGGAAAAGAAUGAAAUAAAACAUGGAGUCUUCUAAACUGGAAUAUGUUUCAUGGGUCAUAGUUAAAAGGCAAAAGAAGACAGAAGAAAAUGAGAGAACAGGAGUAUAAUACCUGUCAAGAAUUUUUUGUGAUAUAUCUACGCUUGUGACAUAAUACAACCCAUGAUUUACAGUAAUACCUUACUGAUAUCUGUGGAAGAAGACAAUUACUGUAUACCUUUCUUGAAAAGAACUUUCAUUCUAAUAACUUUAGAUGUUAUAUAUUUUAAGUUUAACUGGACACCGUAUUUUUAUGUUUUUUUUUCCUGAGUUAAAAACUUUGUGUGGCUUUAUCUUAACUGACAAGCUACUUCUGAUAGAUGGCCAUCAGCUGCACAUGGAAUAUUGACUUAAACCCCCGAAACGGCUAUUGUAACAGAGUUGAACAAAAUGCCAUGACCUUAGAGCAAUUUUUUACCUUGUACCCAUCAUAUCCUUAAAUUAUUUAAGUGUAAAUAGUAGCAAUUAUAAAAUCUAAAAAAUAAUGGCAUGGGUGAAAUUCUUAAGAAAACCUGGGGGUAACCUUGGAAAAGUUUAUCAACCUGGAAGUAUAUUGUCUCUGGCCCCCACAAAAGGCUUAUUAAAUGAACCAGGACAAAACAGCUGCUUUCUUAAUAGUGCUGUUCAGGUGUUAUGGCAACUUGACAUAUUUCGGCGGAGUUUAAGAGGUUUAACUGGACACGUGUGUCAGGGAGAUGCUUGCAUAUUUUGUGCUUUAAAGGCAAUUUUUUCACAAUUUCAACACAGUCGAGAGAAAGCACUCCCAUCAGAUAAUAUGAGACAUGCCCUGGCAGAAAGUUUUAAGGAUGAACAGCGUUUUCAGCUUGGAUUUAUGGAUGAUGCAGCAGAGUGCUUUGAAAAUAUCCUUGAGAGGAUUCAUUUUCACCUAGUGCCAAACAGUGAAACAGAUAUGUGCACUUCAAAAUCCUGCAUUGCUCAUCAAAAGUUUGCUAUGACACUGUAUGAACAGUGUGUAUGUCGCAGUUGUGGAGCAUCAUCGGACCCAUUGCCUUUUACAGAGUUUGUGCGUUAUAUUUCCACCACAGCCCUGUGUAACGAAGUAGAUAGGAUGAUGGAAAGGCAUGAACGUCUCAAACCUGAAAUGUUUGCAGAACUGCUGCAAGCAGCAAAUACUUCUGAUGACUAUAGAAAGUGUCCUAGUAACUGUGGUCAAAAAAUAAAAAUUCGUCGUGUUCUUAUGAAUUGUCCUGAGAUUGUCACAAUUGGUUUAGUCUGGGAUUCAGAACACUCUGACCUGACAGAAGAGGUUAUGCGGAAUCUGGCAACACAACUUUAUCUUCCUGGGUUAUUCUAUAGGGUUACGGAUGAAAAUGCCAAAAAUAGUGAACUUUUUCUUGUCGGAAUGAUUUGCUACACAAGCAAACAUUACUGUGCCUUUGCAUUUCAUACCAAGAGUUGCAAAUGGGUGCUGUUUGAUGAUGCUAAUGUAAAAGAGAUUGGAACAAAAUGGAAAGAUGUGGUCUCCAAGUGUAUUCGAUGUCACUUUCAGCCAUUGUUGCUAUUCUAUGCUAACCCAGGUGGCACAGCUGUAUCUCCAGAAGAUGCUCCAAAGCAGAUUAUUAACUUGUCUCAAUACAAAGCAGCUGGAGGAAAUGGGGAGGACUUUGGAUUUGAAAAGCAUUCUGCUCCUAAACCAGACCACACAAAAGAGAAUGGAAUUGGAGACCCUGCUAAUCAAAAGAGUAAUAAAAAACUUCAGACAGAUACUAUGGCAUUCAGUAGAAGCCAUAUUCAAGCUAGUGUUGGGAGAGGUCCAGCUAAGUUAGGUUACAGUGAUCAAAAGGACAGACUAAAGGAUAUAUCCAGAGAGUGUGCUCAGAAAGCUGCUGAUAUGAAAAACUUCUCAUCUUUACGAAAAGAUGCAGACAGAGGACUGAGGAAAGAAUCUGGGAGACAAAGAGAUUUGAUUGGGGACGAUCAUUCCAAUUUUAAGUCGGGAUCUCCUCCAGUUGGAAAUGGACUUAGACAAUAUACUGAUCAGCGCGUAUACAGCAGCCAAGGAAGGGGACCUUAUAAGCAUGAGAGUGCACCUCACCAAGCCAAACUUUCGGUGCAGGUGCCAGGAUCAAAUAAAACAGAAGCUAUUCCUGCUGCAGAGAAGCUGAUGAUCAGGACCAGGACUGAUGGUGUUACUGGCUAUGAUACAGACAGCAGCCAAGACUCUAGGGACAAAGGAAGUAGCAGCAGCAGCAGAAGCAGAAGCAGAGGUUGGAAACCCAUGCGGGAGACACUAAAUGUAGACAGCAUUUUCAGUGAGACUGAGAAGAAGCAGCAUAGCCCGAAACAUAAAGCAAAUCCAAACAGUAAAUCUAAGCAUGAAAAAGAGCGGAGCUUUAACCAUUGGCCGAAAGAGAACCAAAUCCAGAAAGGUUUAAUGACUAUAUAUGAAGAUGAAACAAAACAAGAUACAGGAAGUCGAAGUUCUUUGGAUUCAGAGGGAAAAGGGAAUGUUGAAAAAAGCAAAGGAUUUACAGAGAGAAAAAUCCAUGGUGAUAACUGGCAAAUGCAGAGGACAGAAUCUGGGUAUGAAAGCAGUGAUCAUAUCAGCAAUGGAUCUGCAAAUCUGGACUCACCUGUUAUUGAGGGAAUCAGCCCGGCAGAUGUCAAGAAUGUUAAAGAAAGCGUUUCCUACAGUGACCAGAACUUGUCAACCAAGAAAGCUGAAAAUAUGUUACAUUCUGUAUCCCAGCAGAGCAGAAACUUUCAUGUCCCAGACUUGAGGAAAGACCAGAUAAAUUCAGAAGCUAACUAUAGACCUCAUGUUAAUUUCCCAACAGAAUUACAUUUGCAGAUGCCCAGUCCUCCAGUAAAGAGAGUUGAAAGGCCUGAGACUAAUAGGAAACUUUUCCCAUCAUCAGCUCUACAACCAGUUCUUAAAGACCACAUUAAGACGGAAAGUAGGAACAAGGCAAAUGAACAAACUUCUUCAGAGUGGCUUAACCCAGACAAGUGUGAGAAGAUGAAUGUGUCAAUAUAUUCUGCUUCUGCUGAUAGUAUACCCCACCCUUAUACAGAAAACAUCUGCGGAAGGAGGCCCAUCAACAAUGACUUUCACCACUCUUCUCAGCUGCAGCCUCAUCCCACAAGAACUUUUGUCCCAAAGCUGGGCUUGUCGCCUUUGGUGCCCCAAAACCUGUCAGAACUGCCUGCGGUGCUGCCCCCUCCUGGUGAGCACGCUGGGCACUCUCUCCGAAGGGUGGAUGCACAUUGGGUGCCUGAAGCGGUUUACCAGAAUCUUCCCCCUCCUUUACCUCCAAAGAAAUAUGCUAUGAAUAUUUCACCAGGAUCAGAAAAUAACUCGGGAGCAGAUGUAAAAUUGACAGAAGUGUUGCCAAAUAAUCUUGGAAGGCAAACAGGUACACCUUUAAAAUCUGCAUCAGAAGCAAAUGUAUUUACAAAUGAAGAAAGAUUUAAAGAGCCAUUUCAAGGGAAUGAGCUGUUUGUUCAUAAACCAGAUUCUUCACCUAGCUUAUCAGUUAAUGACUUUUGGACUGUGUCUGAAAACUUCCUAAAGAAAGGAUCUUGUCAUGCAGGACCAAGUGCUAGCUAUGCAGAUGCAAAUGACAGUGUAUCUCUAACAACCUACUUUUCAGUAGAUAGUUGUAUGACUGACACAUAUAGGAUGAAAUAUCAUCAACGACCCAAGCUGUAUUUUACAGACUGUGGAGGCUUUCACAAAGAAAAGCAUCUACCGUCAACUGGAACAGAACUGAAUGCUACUUACCACGCUACUCUUGGGCCCAGUCAUCCCACAUCUGAGCAAAGAUACAAGGCAAAUGUAGAGGGCAUACACUGCAGUCGAUAGAUUAAAAACAAUCUGGAUCUGACUGUUGCAUUUCAUAUAGUCUAUAUAUGGACAGGAACCUUGAAUCUGUUUGUGUGGUAAGCAAGGUACAGGCAACCAGGUACCUACUUAGGAGUUACGACUGUUUCAAUGAAUAUACAAGUAGAGAUGAACAGAGGAGAGGUGCUAAGCUUCUGAUUUUUUGAUUUAUUACUCUUGUUGCCUUAACGUUUACCUCCAUUAUUUGGCUUUAUCUUUUACAAUUUAUAUUGUAAAUGAUCCCUUUGGGUUGUAUGUAUCUUAUAGCAUUGGGAUCAACUAGAUGUUACUAAUUUUUAAAGAAGUUUUAAAUAGUUGCAGUUUAAAGAGUGUUCCAUCAGACCCUGGACACUAAACACAACCUGCAAAUGCUUAGACUAACAAAAAAGAUAAGCAUACUACCAUAUAUAAUGCAGUACAUGUAGUUAUAAUGGAGCAGUAUUUUUCCUGGUAAGUAACAGGACCUGUUACUUGUUCUUUCAACUGACUUCUGUGAGAAUCUGUGCUUUCACAAACCUUUAAGUGUCUUUAAUACUAGUUUACCCAGAGAAUUUAUAACUUGGUAUUUAAAAAGCCUUAAUAAUAAUUCUUUUAGAGCUGCUCUGGUUUGCAGGUGUUAGGUAAGAUUUUAAAGGGAAUUCAAAUUAACCAGAGGAGUAGACUAUCCUAUUAAUAAUAUACAUGUGUUUGUAUACAUUUUUAAACUAAUAUUUAUCAGAAUUGUUCCCCCUGUAAGAUAUCUAAUUAACUUACUAAAAUCCAAUUUAACCACAAAUUGAUGUUGCAGAAUAGGAUGCUAAUUUUAAAAUAUGGAAGUAUCAUACAACUGUCAAAGACACAUUUUGUAAGAUCUUAAGUAUAUAGUUAAUAUUCAUGUUCAGUUCAGACCGUUUCUCUUAGUUGAAUGCAAAGUCAACAUUGCUAUUUAUUAAACUCCAUAUCUUUUUUCAGCUUGACAUCUUGAGCUAAGUUUAAGGGAUUGGACAUUUUGAUUUUACUGACAUAUAAACCUUUUUUCUCUUCAGAGCAGUUUGACAAAUGGUAAAUAGCAUCUUACUAGAUCAGACUGAACCUGCAGCUGUUCAGACUGUGGUGUCUGAGGUGGCGUGAGAAGUAGAGGUUCCUCUCUGCUGUAGCACUCUGCCCUGCAAUUUUGGCAGCUCAGGCAUUUACGAUGCCUUUUGCAAACUUGAUUUAUUUCACUAAUAAGGAAAAAGAUUAUCUAGCUUUUAUGUGGUUAAUAAGUUAAAUCAGUUCACAGAAGUAUUUAGUGAUUGCUUAGGCCCAGUGUGUGGCCCAGUGGGGGAAGGAAGGAGAAUAGGAUUUCACCCUCGUGGCAGCUGUGAGUAUGUGAAUGACCCACUGUGUCAGAGACAUAGACAGGCUUAGACUUCUGUUCCAGUGUAUCAUACCGUUGAACAACGUACACUUAAGAAGUAAUGUUAGCAAACCCUGGCACUAUCUGAAAAAAGCUGAAUUUUGCAAAUACUCAUAUUAGCGUGUUAACUUAAAUUUCAGGUGGUGCUGAUUACAUCUAUACAUAUAUGCCUUUUAGUUAUGAAACUAAUGCAAGAAGGUUAAAUAUGCACGAUAAACACUCUUGCUUAUGCUUGCACUGUUGGUCAGAAAGGCUUUCAUAUGUUUAUGUACCUUGUGAGAGUUCUAGUGCUUCAACCAAAUGUUGACAGCUGUUUUAGUGUGAUUAUCCAAGGUAUACAUUUAAACACUAGUUUUGGUUGCUCUGUGUCAAGAUCAGGGUUUUUUUUUUUUAACUACUUGUAACAUAGCGAAACUGGAACAUGAUAUAUGCAACAAACCAAGUUAUCUCAGAUUAAUCCUCGUAUUUCUACCUUCUUGCUCAAAAUUUCUUGUAGCACUUAAUCUGAAUUUUGUAGUGCAAAUUCUGCAUGUUUGAAUAUGUUUGCUAGAAGAAGAAUCUUGAAUAUGUAAGAACUUGGAAGAUCCCUAAAUAUUUUUGGAAGAGAUUUGAAAACUUGUUUUAAAAAAAAAAUGUAGUUUUUCCACAGCUGUGUUACAUACUAUACAUAGCCAGUUAAGUAAAGCUAGCUUCUAAUACUUGUGUAAAAAUGAAGCUUAGUAUUGGAAUUUGUAAAUAAUGUAUAAUUUGUAAAAUGUUUGCAAAAAUCCUGUAUUUGAAAUGACAGUAUUUUUAUGUAUAAACAGCACAGCAACAACUGUGAACAAUGAUGUUAGAAGUUAUUUUUAAACAUGCAUAGCAAUGUUAAUACUUCUGUACAAUGAGCAAUACGAAUGCCUAUUUUAUUGAUACCAAUGAAUCUGGUUUCCAGUAAGCACAGCUGGUAAACUUACUGAUUUUUAAAAUAGCUGCAGUAAUUCAGAUGUACUUCGGUCUCCUUGCUUUGCUUGAAACAAAUCUUGCUAGACAGCUUUUUGUGUGACCUGUGUUUACCAGGUAUUUAAUUAUAAUAGUAUAUAGACAGCUAUUUGAAACACCUUUGUUUUUAUAUUUGACUCUGCACUCCAUGUAUGUAUGUAUGUAAUAUUUGCUAACAGAUAUGUGAAAACUUGUUUUGACUUACCUAGGGUGCCUAUUUAUUUUUUUAUAAAUGUCCCCUUCUGGCUAUAGAUUUGUAUAAGAGCCUAGGCAACUUUUGUAACAGUAAAUACAUUUAACAAGUCUUGUAAUUAAUAUAUUUUUCAGUCUUUAGAAUUAUUUUCUUGCAAAGUUUUGCUUGUUCAAACUAUCAGAUAAAAUUUAAA